AUGAUGAAUUGUUUAUUGUGGAAUUGCCGUGGGGCCAACAAACCCAAUUUCCGAAGAUCGAUUCGAUAUAUACUGAAGAAGUGGAAGACUGAUAUUUUGGCUCUGUUUGAGACGCAUGCGGGAGGCGACAGAGCAAGUAGGAUUUGCCAGGGGUUGGGUUUUGAGGAAUCAUUCAGGGUUGACGCAAUCGGACAAAGCGGAGGCUUAUGGUUGCUGUGGAGAACGGAAUUGGGGAAUGUCACGGUGGUGAGUUCCGGGGAUCAAUAUAUUCACGCAGAGAUUGCAAAGGAGGGUGCGAGGGUCCAAUUAAUCGUGGUCUACGCGGCGCCAACGGUGAGUAGACGAAGUGGAUUAUGGGGACAACUGAAGAAUGUGCUACAAAGUCUUGAUGGUCCAGUGAUUAUAGGCGGUGAUUUUAACACCAUCAUCCGUCUAGAUGAGAGAACGGGAGGAAAUAGACAACUCUCGCCAGAUUGA